UGAAAUUCAAAAUUUGAACGGCAGCAGUUCAGACAGGGCGCCUCUGGUUUGGCUUCACUAGUUUAUCUCUGUUCACAUCGCUUGAACUGGUACAGUCCCAGUUUAACCAGUACCGCCCAAGGAGGAUCCCAGCUGGCCGACAUGGACCCGUUUACUGAGAAACUGUUGGAGCGGACCCGGGCCCGCAGGGAGAACCUCCAGAGGAAGCUGGCAGAGCGCCCCAAUGCAGCAAACAGACAGAUGGUGAAAAGGCCUCGAGAGCCACUGACAGAGUCCAACAGCGCCGUCGGCGACCCCGCUGCUGAUGAAGCUCCUCAGAUCUCCUCCAAGCCCUCCCCGUCCAAACGCAGGUGCUCAGAGGAAAACUCUGCACCGGAUGAGAACCAGCAGCCAAUAACGAGCCUCGCUGUGGCCCCCGCUCCAUCGGACCCUCUGACGGAUAAGAAGCCCCCUGUGGGCCCUGCCAGGGUCCGGUCCUCGUCCUCUCUGAGGCCCGCCGCUCCGCAGGAGAACUCUGCCCCCGCUCAGCGACAGGAUCCUCCAACUAUUAGAGCGACGGCGACCGGACCCCCUGGUUCUGACCCGCAGAGGAACGGGGCAGAGGAGGAUCCGGCUCCCUCUGCUGCUGGCAUGAAGUCCCGCCUGCAGAGGCUGGCAGCGCAGAGGAAAUGCUGGGAUGGUGAUGAAGGUCCUGCUGAUGUGGUGCCAGACAGCACCCCCCCCACUCAGCGACAGGCGCCGGCUGACGUCCAGCCGGCUUCCUCGGCUCCUGCAGGGCGAAGGGGCCGACUGGCCCACCUGGCCGCCACCAUUGAAUCCUGGGAGGACGACCUGAGCCACGCCCACAUCCCCAAAGCCAAGCCUGACGCCGCCGCUGCUCCCAGGUUCCCCGCCAGAGUCGCAGAGGCCAAGCAAAGCAUGGCGCCGAGUGUUUCCAUGGCUACCGCCAGGCCUGCUUCCACCAAGCCGGAUACUCUGGGUUCUCCGGUAAAGUCUGCUCGGGCCGUUCCUCCCAGCCCCCAGAAGGCUGAAAGUCCUGCAUCCAGGCCCGCCGAUCAGUCGGCCCUGAGGAGCUCCAAGCAGGGAGCCGUCCUCCCAUCCAGUCCGCUGAAGACUCCGCCUCUCCCCAGGGGUCUAACCCCCAGCGCCAGCCCCCGUGACGGAGCCACCGGCUCUGCUUCAACAGGCCGUCAGGAAACCACCCCGGCUGGAGGUCCAGGGGUGAAAUCUUUCCUGGAGCGCUUUGGGGACCGAUGUCAGGAGCAUCGAGAGCAGAGGACUCCAUCAGCCUCACCCAACACCAAGCUGGUCCAGGAGAGGCUGCGGGCCGCCCAGGCUGCUCACACUGCCACCGCCGAGCUCACCCAGAGGCAGAAGCUGGAGCGCGAGUCCGAGCUGGCUCUGAUCCGCAGCCGAUUCCAGAAGGGGAAGACUGUCUGGGAGGGCAAAGGUCAACAGGCGGCCAGGGCCGACGAGGCCCAGCGGGCGGCGGCCAGGGCCGACGAGGCCCAGCGGGCAGGCAGGAGCGAUGCAGGCGACAAGGUACAGGAUGAGCCCACAGCACCACCACUGGAGGAGGAGCUCAGCAGCGAGAAGCCCCGGGAGGAGCCCAGCACGCCCUCCAGUCGCCAUCCUCCAGCCUUUCCUGGGGUGGGACGGACCCCCCCAGCCUCCACCUCCAGCCCCGUGAGCCUAGCGGGGAGGACGCAGGAGGUCGAGGAGCAGGAGGUGAGCGUGGACCAGUCCAUUAACUCUGCUGUCAUCAACGAGCUGUUUGAUGGAGUCCUGGAGGAGGAGGAUGAGGAGGAGGAAGAUGCUUUAAACAUCUCCUCCAUGUCGCUCCUCACUCCGCUGGCUGAGACGGUCGCUGCCGUGGUAACGAGUCCGGAGAGGCGGCUGAUGACGUCCACCCCAGCCAGCUCCUUCCUCCUGAAGAGAGACGCCCCAAGAGAAGAGCUGCAGGGGACCCGUUCUCACGGCGACGAGGACCAUAAGCUGCCUUAUAGCAUCGACGCCUACAGGUCCAUCAGGGUGAAGGAACCAGAGCGCCCGGCGGUGAAGCAGGUCAUCGUGAGGAAGGAGGAUGUUUCUAAGCGGGCGGAGGAGCCUCGCGCGGCCAGCCUGUUCAGCAUGAAGCAGAGGAUGAAGAUGCUGAGCAGUGAGAUGAACCUCCAGCAGACGGUGAUCCAUCAGGCCAGCCAGGCUCUGAACUGCUGCGUGGACGAGGAACACGGCAGAGGCUCCCAGGUGGAGGCGGAGGCGGAGCGACUGCUGCUGGUGGCCACUGAGAAGAGGGAGGCCCUGAAGGCAGAGCUGGAGCGCCUGAAGGGGGAGCCAGCGGGGCAGAAGAAGAGCUCAGCAGAUUCUGAACCUGCUGCCUCCAAGGGAUCCAUCACCCUGCAGGAGCUCCGCCUGCCGCUGAAGGCCGACUUCGUCUGCUCCACUGCCAACAGGCCCGAUUCAACCAAACAUUCGUUUUUUAUCAUAAUACGUGCCGGAGCGGAGAACAUGGUGGCCACGCCGCUGGCCAGCACUCACCGCGGCCUCAGCGGCGACACGCUGACCUUCCCCACCAAGUUCAGCCUGUCGGACGUCUGCAGCGACUUCAGGAUCGACCUGGACGUCUACUGCUUGGUCCAGAAGCAGGAGCUCUGCAGCGAGAAGAAGAAGAAGGCGGCUAAAUCCAAGGCCAUCACUCCCAAGCGGUUCCUGACCAUCACGAAAACCGCGCAGACGCCAGUUCUGGCCAGCCCCGGGGGUCCGAACGCCGUGCGCAGCAGCAACUUUGUUCUGGUUGGAUCUCAGCGCCUGACGCUGUCCUCCAUCGGGAAGAACAAGUUUCCUCUGGAGAAGGUGCCGUUCCUGUGCCCGCUGGAGGGCCACAUCCACCUGAGGCUGCAGUGUGAGGUGGACUCCAACGUGGAGGAGAGGGGCUUCCUGACCAUGUUUGAGGACGUCAGCGGCUUCGGAGCGUGGCACCGGAGGUGGUGCGUCCUGUCCGGGUACUACAUCUCCUACUGGACCUACCCUGACGACGAGCGGCGGAAGAACCCCAUCGGUCGCAUCAACCUGGCCAGCUGCACCAGCCAGCAGGUGGAGCCCGCCAACCGGGAGUUCUGCGCCAGACCCAACACGCUGGAGCUGAUCACGGUCCGACCGCAGAGGAAGGACGACCGAGAGACGCUGGUCAGCCAGUGCACCGACACCAUGUGUGUCACCAGGAACUGGCUGAGUGCCGACACCAAGGAGGAGAGGAACCUGUGGAUGAGGAAGCUGAACCAGGUCCUGGUGGAUCUGAGGAUGUGGCGGCCAGACGCCUGCUCCCGCCCCCAGUAAUCCCACCACCCCCCCACCCCCAUAUAUAAGUGCAAUAUAUCUAAGAAAUGUUGAUGUUUUCCUGUUUGAGACGAGAACCAGAGGAAGAAGCCAUAGAUUUACGGACGGCUGGCUUCCUCCUGUAAUGCUAACAUUUAUAGCCACAUUUAGCCGCUCUGCGCCGCUUUUAGCUAACCGCUAUGACCAACAGCAAGGCUUGAUGACCGAUGCAGUUCCUGCUCCGGCGUUUGGGUUUGAAAUGUUUCUGAUGGAAGGACGGGUUCUGAUGGAGCCGCCCCGCCAUGGCCCGUUCAGGCCGGUGGGACCGGUUGCCACGGCGAUGUGCUCUUCCUGCUCAGUGGUUUACUAAAGCUUGUUUUAUUUAUGUUUUUGAUGUGAUGGGAGUAACGAGCACCUGCAGGUGCUGAUCAAGUGUUUUUAAACAGGAUUGGAUAAAAGAUGGCUCCUUUUUUUUCAGUGUUCAGAAUGAAUACAGGUUUUUAACAAAAUCUCCUCACUUGUUUUUGUUUUUUCAUUCAGGGCUAAUCGGAUUAGCUGCUGCCACAA